GAGUCCUCAAUAUUGUUUCUGCUGCUGCUGCUGGGUCCUUCGGUUCACUUCCCCGGGCUUAGAGCCGGCCGCCUCUCCCCAGGAUGGCGUUCCCUGGCAGAGUGCGCCCCUGUGCUAUCCCAGAGCAUGAAGAACUGCCCCAGACAGCCCUUAACAAUGCCCACGAGGCUAAUGGCCACGAAGACGAGAGGGCUGUGUCCAAACUGCAGCGCAGGCACAGUGACGUAAAAGUCUACAAGGAGUUUUGUGACUUUUAUGCGAAAUUCAACAUGGCCAAUGCCCUGGCCAAUGCUACUUGUGAGCGCUGUAAGGGGGGCUUUGCCCCCGCCGAGAAGAUCGUGAACAGUAAUGGCGAGCUGUACCACGAGCAGUGCUUUGUCUGUGCCCAGUGCUUCCAGCAGUUCCCAGAGGGACUCUUCUAUGAGUUUGAAGGAAGGAAGUACUGUGAACAUGACUUUCAGAUGCUCUUUGCUCCUUGCUGUCAUCAGUGUGGUGAAUUCAUCAUUGGCCGAGUUAUUAAAGCCAUGAAUAACAGCUGGCAUCCCGAAUGUUUCCGCUGUGACAUCUGUGAGGAGAUUUUGGCAGAUAUUGGGUUUGUCAAGAAUGCAGGGAGACAUCUGUGCCGUCCAUGUCAUAACCGUGAGAAAGCCAGAGGCCUUGGGAAGUACAUUUGCCAGAAAUGCCAUGCCAUCAUCGACGAGCAGCCGCUGAUAUUUAAGAAUGACCCAUACCACCCCGAUCAUUUCAACUGUGCCAACUGCGGGAAGGAACUGACUGCUGACGCCCGGGAGCUGAAAGGGGAGCUGUACUGCUUGCCGUGCCACGAUAAGAUGGGGGUUCCCAUCUGUGGCGCUUGUCGGCGGCCCAUCGAAGGGCGAGUAGUGAAUGCCAUGGGCAAGCAGUGGCAUGUGGAGCAUUUUGUUUGUGCCAAGUGUGAAAAGCCAUUUCUUGGACAUCGCCAUUAUGAGAGGAAGGGCCUGGCGUAUUGUGAAACUCACUAUAACCAGCUCUUUGGUGAUGUCUGUUUCCACUGUAACCGUGUCAUUGAAGGUGAUGUGGUUUCUGCACUGAAUAAAGCCUGGUGCGUGAAUUGUUUUGCCUGUUCUACCUGCAACACUAAAUUAACACUCAAGAAUAAAUUUGUGGAGUUUGACAUGAAGCCAGUCUGUAAGAAGUGCUAUGAGAAAUUCCCACUGGAGCUGAAGAAAAGGCUUAAGAAACUAGCUGAGACCUUAGGAAGGAAGUAGUUACUUCGGUUUUCCUUUGUUCCUUCUGUGCAGAGAUAAGAAAUCAACAAUGUUGCUUGACUUACCUAUCUUUAUUUAAAGCUGUAUCUCAGUACAGUUUAGACUGAAGAGGACUUAAAUGAAUGAUUUUCUUCUUUUUUUUUUUUUUCUCAUAAAAAAAGGAAAAGGUCAGAUAUAGUUAAACAUAACUGAAAUCAAAAUUUGCCUUAAUUAUUAUCAACUUAGAAACAUGCUAACAGAAAAUAUCAUAAUUAAAUUUCAAUUAACAUACAAAAAAUUAAAUUAACUUUGUAAAAUGAAAGUAAGGAGUCAGCUUUUACAUGGUUCAGAUAAAAAAAACAAUAUAAACAUUUAAAAUUUUCAGUCAAAAGAAAAUUACUCCCAACUGCUAUUGGGAGAAGGUAGGGAAAACAAAAAUAUCACACUAAGAAAAAUAAGUCCUACCCAAAUUUAGCAUUUUUACCAAAUUAAUAGCUGCAAAAUGGACAUGCAAUUAGUAAAACAAGAAACAAGCAUUUUCAGAAUUACUUGAUAUUGUUACAUUUUUGUUACAUGCAAUAAUUAUUACCCUUCAUUUUAUAUUUUGCUCUUCUUGUAAACUUCCUUUUUAUAAAUACGUAACAAUAGUUAUAGCUAAUUAAUAGUAUGCCUUUUAAAUUUUUGUGCAAAAAUUUUAUACCUAGUAUUUGAAAAUACAGUAUACUUUACAAUAUUGGACAAAUGAAGUAUUUUUUAAUGUAUUGCAGCAAAUGUGCAUCUAAGUUUAAUGUUAAAAAUGUAGACUUAAAAUAGGACAUGAGAUUCAAUUUUAUGUAGUUUAGAAUACAUCACUUUUUAAAAUGUAUGUAUAUGUAUCGGUCGUUGCCUUUAAACCCAUGCUAAUAUCUAUGCUUUAUACAUAAUCAAAUUUGCCUUGCCUUAGAAAAACAAAUAUUUUAAUCAGGAAUUCUAGCUGUUUGGUACACUACCUACCAAAGACAAGUGCAUUGAUUGAAAAUUGUAAACUCAAAUCUAAUUAUAAUCAGUGUUGAUUAUAUUUAAACUGUUUGGUUUUAUAGAAAUGCAGUGAAAUGAGUAUCUGUCAUCUUAUUAGAGAGCAUGAUGUUGAUUCACAACUGUUUCAGGUUGUCUAUUUUAGAUCUCUUAGUUGUGGAUUUUAUUUAGUAUAAAUGUGAAGGGGCCUCAAAAAGUUUACUAAAAUUUUUGUUACUUUAUUUCCAUUUUGCCAUAAACUUUUUGAAGCCCCUUUACAAGUGAUAUCAGUGAUAUUUUUUAAUUGGGAAAAGAACGCUGAAAGUCUUCAUGUUAGGUCAAAAAUAGUUAAUUAGUGCUACUUUAUUCUAAAAUGUAUUAUGAAAUUUCAGGAUUGUUUGCCCUGGAUGACCUUGUUAGGCAGUGCAGGCUUUAUGAACACGUAAAAGCAGUGUUGCUGCCGCCGUUACCAGUUUAAAAGGAAAUGACCAAGAUGGACACCUGCAAGGAAAAUUGCUCUGGUUUUUUAAAAAGUGGCUGCAAUGUUGUUCUGCCAUAAGAAAUCUCAGGGUGCUACCACUCUGCCAUUAAAAUGUGUACGUAUAUGUGUGCAUUUUCCAAAAAAAUCAUGUGUGCACUUUACCGAGUAGAUUCCAUUUCUGUUUUCAAACAGAUUAUUUUUCCAGUGUUGUUUUAGAAUCCAAAGAUCAGAAAUGAUUGAAAAUAAUAUGUGUUUUAAGACUGUAUGCUCAGUAGUUUACAGCAGUCUUUGCAUCUAACAGUAAGAAUCAAGUUUCUUCAGUGUGCCUUUGCCAGCUCAUCUGUGACCAGCAAUGAGAACAUUGGAAAUAGUUAUUAAGUAUUAUACUGUGGAUCUAGGUAAAUAGGAUAGAAUAGGUUUUUGAUGCUAAAUUCACCCCUACACUAGAAAUACAAAGCAAGAAAGCAAAGUCUUUGGCUAUACUUAGAGUCUUAAUCACCUUGAUAAUGCAUGGACUGAACUCAAUUGCUUUACUCAUAAAUCUCACAUAGUCAGGCAUCUGUAGCUAGAGGUCCCACUAUUGUCUCUACUCGGUCUUCUGUUAAAAUGUGAAUUACUAUAUCAAAGAAGUUUGACUUCUUGGGUCCUUAAUACUUUAGAGUCGUUUUUUUAGAUACAGUACUUUCUUCCAGGAUAAAGACAUCAGUAGAGCCCUUAUGCAUGGGAAAGAAUGUAGAAGUUAGCAGGUUAUUAAUGGAAUAAAAACAAAUUCGCUCUAUUUCCUGAUAAUAGAGCUCCCAUAGGCUGCUGGAAAACUCUUGCCAGUAAGCAUUUCUUUAUUUGAAGUCCUGUAAGACCAUUUGAAAGAAUUAUUUUCUUUUUAGACCUAAUAUCUAAGUGCUCAUCCUCUUAGCGAGUCAAUUUGAUAUACUUGGGGAAAAGUCUGGGUAUAGUUAAAAUAUUCUUUGGGUCAUGCACAAAGCCUUACUAACAAUGCACCAGAAAUAACAUGUUAUCUCGCCUCAACCAUUUGCCAAAAUAGCCAUUUGAGUUAUUUCAUUUUAGAUUGUAAGCUUAAUGGCAGGGCUACUAUAUCCAUAAUUAGGUUUUUAUAUAGCAACAAAUGCAGUGUACUCUUGGUGCUUAAUAAAUGUUCAUAAUUAUUAAACAUAA